AUGAUCUUGCAGCAGAUGAGUAAACCGAUCGUUCUUCUCACGAUCGCACUAUUGAGCACUGUGCUCUUUUUCGUAAUCUUCUUCGAAAACGAACCUUACUCAUCAUCUACCUCUUCUUCGCGGAACCCAGACUCCAUGGCUCCAACCUUCAUCUUAUGGCUUCACGGGCUUGGCGAUUCUGGACCUGCGAACGAACCCAUCAAGACAGUUUUCAAGUCGCCGGAGUUUAGGAACACCAAGUGGCUCUUCCCUUCUGCUCCACCAAAUCCAGUCUCCUGCAAUUGUACGAUUAACCUUUUAUUAGUUUCUGACUUUUGGGGGAUCGUGGAGUCCAAUGAAGAUCAUUGUGUGUCUCAAUGUCUGGAGAAUCUUAAGGUCCUUGCUAAUGAUUGUGCCUUCUCCUCUUGUGCAGAUGGUAUGGUGAUGCCUUCUUGGUUUGACAUCCGUGAGCUUCCUCUUACGGCGGGCUCUCCGAAUGAUGAAAGCAGUGUGCUUAAAGCAGUUAAGAACGUUCAAGCCAUUAUAGAUAAGGAGAUUGCAGGAGGAAUAAGCCCAGAAAACGUGUAUAUCUGUGGAUUUAGCCAAGGAGGUGGUGAUCUCUCCGUUGAUUUACCUUUCAGUUUUCGUAUAUAUAAAUCUACAAUGUGUCGAUGUUCUUGCAUCGCGACGGCUGAGCAAGGUGCUUUAGCCUUGGCUAGUGUUCUUCUGUACCCAAAAGCUCUUGGAGGAGGUGCAGUCUUUAGCGGAUGGGUUCCAUUUAGUUCUUCAACCAUCAAUAAGUUUACCGAAGAUGCUAAAAAGUCACUGUUUCUUGGGGUUUCUGAGUCUUUCAGAAUUUGCAUUGUGCAGACACCAAUCUUGUGGUCUCACGGCAUUGAUGACAAAACUGUACUAUUCGAAGCUGGUCAAGCAGCUCUUCCUUUUCUUCAACAAGCUGGUGUGACUUGUGAGUUCAAGGCUUAUCCGGAUCUUGGACACUCAAUCAGUAAUAAGGAGCUGCAGUAUCUGGAGUCAUGGAUCAAACAACGGAUGCAGAGUUCUUCUUCUUCUUAA